AUGAGUUUUUUAUCUGGACUUUAUUCGAAAGUUGUGGGAGCAAACUCGAAGAAAACUGUGCAGACAUGUUAUAACAGCGCGUCUGGAACUGGGUUUACAGAAGAUUUCGACAGCGAGGAUGGGUUUGUGUUAUACACUGCAGAACAGAAAAAACGUUGCAAGGUAUGGACUACCUAUUUUAACCGUGUUUCGUAAGGACAAGUAAUGCCAAGUUGCUGGAAUAGUUCAUCGUGACAAACCAUAAAUCUUGUAGUUAUUGUUUUGUAUGGUACCGUUGUACGUGGUAACAUGAAUUUGACUUAAUACAUCGAGGUUUAUAUGUUUAGACAUUUUUAUAACUUAAGUAAGAUAAAAGUUUUCCAGUUCUUAAAAUUAGUUAAUGCAUUUUCAUCUUAUCAAAAGAAUCGUAUCUUUUAUUAAGCGACUUCUCGUAGCCUUCCUUAUUUGUGACGUCACACUUACAACGUUGCAAGCAAUCCCCAUACGCCACUUGCACAUCUCCCAUAAUGCACCUUAUUUACCUCCUAAAAUUUUGCACAACCUUUGUUUUUCAUUUCUCCUGGGUAUUUACAGCCAUUUCAAGAGAAAUUGAAAACAAUGCUUAUACAAAAUUUUGGAGGGUAAAUAAGAAUCACUGUGAGAGAUGUGUAAGUGGCAUAUUGAAUGAGGAGUUUAUAGAGUGACCAAAUGGAAUGCUUGCUUUAACCUGUGUAGCAAGGCACAGAAUAAGUGCAAGGUAACCUGGGACCAGGCUCCGCAUUGGGGGGAAAGGGCAAAAAAAAUUGGCGAGCGAAGCAAACCAAGGGGUAAUCUGUGGAGGGGAAAGGGUGGCGGAGCCUGGAGACAUGCCUUUGAUGCCACCAAUCUGUCCUCCAGUAAUUAACUUGUCAUUGACAUGUCAAUACGUCAUGUUCUCAUCAUGGAUGCCAGCGUGAGCUUAUUAUGUCGGUUUUGUAAAAAAUAUUUGAAUUCGAGAUGAGGUAAGCUUCGGCGAAGAGAAAUAAGGAUGUUUCAGAGGAAAAUGCGCUGCGUGUGACUGGUGAAGAACACAGAGAACAUCGGAGUAGAUUCUCAAGAAGAUUCCUCAAGUUAGCAGUGCACGUCAUAGUCCUUUUUUACCCUACAAGAAUGUUAGUUUCCAGAAGUAAAUUAAAAUCAUCAUCAUCAUCAUCAUCAGUCUUUAUACACGAAAUCAUUUCACUUUUACAUGGUCUUUCUAGGAAUUGUGUGUAAAAUUAAACUAAAAUACUCUAAGGAAUUACUUGACUAUAAAGUUAAAAGUACAAAAACUUAUAUUAUAAUAAGAGUUACCAUGAGUCAUGGUGAAAUGAAGUUUUAAAAACAGGUUUCUGCUAGGCAGGUUUCUAAUCUCUGAGGGAAUCUUGUUCAACAGAAUGGAUUCUCUGUAGUGUAGGCUCCCUUUUGUAGACUCAAUUUUGGGUCUGGGGACAUAACAAUUCAACUCAGAAUUUCUAAGAUUGUGUGAGUGUACAUUUGAGGUGUUGGUAAAGAUCCAUCUCAGAUAUGAUGGGGAAAGAUCAUUAUGGGUUUUAUACACUAUCACAGCCAACUGUUUAAGUCUUACAUUUUCUAACCUUUCCCAGCCAAGCUCAUCCAACAAAACCCUUGAGCGAGCCUCAUAGUUAGAAAAGGUGAGAAUUCUAGCAGCCCUAUUCUGCAUCUUUGGAAAAUUGGGUGGAGAGAGGCAAAUAGUUUGCAACAGUUCUCUUCCAUCUCUGCAUACCUUACACAAUCCUCCAAAAUUGAAUGGAAAUCCCUCACUAGAGACAUGAACUAUUGCAGUUUCAAAAGGGGUUGAUUUUGCUGCACAUUUGUACCCUGUUAAAUGUCUGCUGUUAAACAGAUGGUAUUUUAGCUUGUUAUACAGCACAAUAAUACAAACUUUAAAUCAAAUCAUAUCAUGGCUGAAAUUACUGCUUAACACAUCAUUACUAUAUACCGGUAAUAUUGGUAUAGGAUUUUGUUAAUAACUCCAACUUCAGAAUUAAUUACAUGUCAUCCUAGCUGAUAUUGGGAAUGAUAAGUUCAUUGAAACUAACUUUUUGUGUCUUUGGCAGCAGACUGAGUCAGUUCCAGGAAUCACAAACUACAGAUCGUAUGAAAAUUUACAACAGAGCUGCCCCUACCCUCCUACAGGUAAAUAAAAAAUUUUGCUGAAAUAUUAAAAGUAGUGGAGUUGAAACUCAGGUAAGCGAACACCCCUUGGACCAGAAAACUGUGUUAAUGCUUAGAGGAUCUGUUUUUGUAGCUCUUUAAGCCCCAAAAUCCAUAAUUUAUACAGAUUCUCCAGACUAAUUUCCUUACAUUUCCUUAAGGAAUACGCUCAUCUCACGUAUGGUAAUAUGCCUGUCUAACCUCGUUUUUGAGUAAAAAGUCCUUUGAAAUGCUAAUCAGACGACGUUUUCGUAUUUGAAUUUCAAAAGAAUUUUUACCCGUAAACGAGGUUAGACGGUCAUAUUACCAUAAGUGAGAAGAGCGUAUUAGUUGAGAGAAUUUGAUAAAAGGUCAAGGAAUUUUCCCUUUGUUGAUCACUUUAUUAACUCUUGUGACCUUUCCUCUUUAUUAUUUUAUUAUUGAUGUUGUUCACAGAAAAUUGAUGUUGGUCAACCCUGGGACUUCAAGGGUUGAGUGAAGUUUAAAAUGUAGUUUUUGUUUGUCUCUGGGACCUAGACUUGAACUCUAGACAUUCUCUGUCUCUAUUUUAUGGACAUCAUGCUCUGGAAAAACAUGGUGUUUUGAAUUUUCUCAAAAACGAAGCAGAAAUCAGUAAAAAUAUAUGAAACAACGUUUAUCACGUCAACACAAAUCAGUCUGCCAAAAAUUAGCUUGAUCCUGCAAAAAAUGAAAAUCGAUCUAGUAAACGGUCACAAGCACCCAUUUUCUGGGAAACCCUUUGAUUUUUGCAUCAUUGGGGAUUAAACACACACUAAAAAUAAUGUUCAAAUAAAAAUACCGGUGAAUGAACACUGUUUAAACAUCAAUGAUCUCUUUUUCAUUAUUUAAUUAGGAUCACCCUCGUACACAAUAACAGCAGCACAAAAGCAAGUGCCUCAAAGAAGAGAAACAACUUUUCUUACUGUAUCAGAUGUUCCUUUUCAACUGUCGAAACAACUUCAGAGGGUGCUACAACUAAAUCAAGGGAGCUUGGAACUCUCAGGGAGAUCUCCACCGAAUAUUGAACAAUAUCAGUAUAACUUUACUUUAGAAAGAGAUGUUCUAAGCUCAAAUGAAAUGGCUUCAGUUGGCUGACAUAUAGAGUUUGGAGUGUCAUGCUUGCUACAGUCAACUCUUGCCUUGGGGACACCUUGCUAAUAAUGGACACCCCACUAAUAUGCUCUGAAGCCAAAUUAUAGUGUUGUUUUCUUAAAACAAUAUUGCGCUAAAUUAUACUUUUUACUUUCCAAUUACUUGCUCUUCAUCUGUAAGAUGAUUCUAAGCAACUAGUCAAAACAGGUCACCCAGGAGGCGUGGUGUGUCAUGUUCCCCACUCCACUGCUAUGGGGCUGAUUAUUUGUAGUCACUAUUGACUUUUGAGGGGGUUGGUUGGUUAUUUCAGCUAAAAAAAAAACUGGCAUACAGACUUGAAGCAAAAACGGAAUUCUUGUGUGAAGUUAUUAAAACUAUAUCUAUACCAAAAGAUUGAAAAAAAAUUGAUCUCAUCAUAAGCCCGUAGAAACUUCUUCAAAAAUGUAGUUGCCCUCCCACUGAAAUAUUUUAUAAGUUUUUUAUCGUUCAUCUCUUGGGAACAAAUGGUUCACGUCUGAAAUAGGUGAGGGAAACUCGCAUAUUUUGGUCUAAAGUAGGGUAGGAGUUUCGGGAAAAUCCUUAUGGCCGUGCCCACAAUUGCUAUGCACCAGGCUUGGAUGGCCUGUGGUGUAACAAAAGAAUAUUGUACUUUGUGUCCCAUUGUGGCUUCUUGUUACAAGAGCCACACUUAAGUGCAGUGGAUAAGUGUAUACAUGAUAAUUUUGAUGAUGGUUAAGGUCUGUCGUAAUUCGUAGGCUUUGUUUUAUCAGACUUUGAAUGACAAAACAGUCUUGUUGCAUUGUAACUGUUUUAUUGUACAUAGUAGGUUACUUUUAUUUGUAUACAAUAUUACUAGGUAAAUAAAUUGAGUUGCACAAUCCAGUGAUGGGAUGAAAUUUUGAGUGAAUAAACUGAAUUUGUGAUGUUUGGUGUUAUUCAAAAGUCAUCCGAG